GCAUCUAUUAGCGGCCUAGACCUGGCAUGGGAGAUGGGAACGCUUCAUUUGGGGAAGACGUCACCAAGUGACCAUGACAGUAUGCAAGGGCCUCUUCAGCUUGAGAGAAGAGAACGGCAACGCGUAUGUUUCGCGGAGCGCAUUGAAGUCUAUGUGGGCUUUGAGGACUCCAGGCGCUUCAAGCGAAAACUACUCCCUGCCCGACCUCUUUCACAUCAGCGUGCUUUUCAUGACCUUCUUCGAUAUUGUUGUGCUGGAUUUGUGGAUUUUACUGGGGACGAAGAAGCCUCAGAUGAAGUUUCAUGGAUGUCAGCGCAUUUACCAGGAAAUCAAGGAGCUCCUCAACCAUUUUUGAAUCGUGAAGCAGCAGGGGUUGCAGACCUUCCAACAGCUGUUCACCAAGAAGACCACAUUGAGCUUGCAGUGGAAGUGAUGGAGGAGGAAAGCGAUGAAAAUGGUUCCUCAUCCGACGAGGUGGAACCCGACAUGCGCCACUCCACCAUGGCUUAUUUCAUUGACAUUGACCCUAUUCAUUGCAGACCAAGAUGGAACAACUAUGAAGUCCUGCACAUGGACAUCACGACCUAUGCGAACAAGGACAUGCAUGAUUUAGCACGGGUUCACAUUGUGGGACAUCCACCUGAAGAUUUACAAAUGGCCAACAUUCGACCCGUCAUUGCACAACAACCACAGGAUGUCACAGAAGGUUCAACCUUUCAACUGACCUUGUUGGAUGUUGUUUUUCACAAUGCCUUGCCUUCGCUGGAAGCAGAAACUGUGCGAAGAGUUAAGCUUCUACCUAGAACCAUUUCCAGGAAAGCUCUCCUUGCUGUUCUAGGGUUGCAGCCAUAUUGCAAGUACGUUCGACAGGCCUGUUUGGUCUGGCACAACCGCAGACCUGUCAAGUCGCAGGCCAGGGCUCUCAUUGACCUACGCCAUGGUGACUAUUUGCAGGUAGCAGUCCCACCGGGCCGAGGAGAACUCCGGAAGCAGUAUACACGAGAUGUGGCUCAGUGUUUUCGCAGAGGGUACAGGGCGAGCAACAUCCCAGUCAUCAUGGAGGCGCAUCCUGAAGGUUUGGACGUUUCAGAUAUGCCAGUCAUCGACACGUUCAACUACAUCCCAAGAGCGGAAGACUUGGACUAUGACAGAGAUGCUAUGACACUGAUGCAGAUCACUGGCCUCAGCAGACCAGCGCUUGACCCUUGGUUUGGCAAUGAGGUCACAUGUCUUCAAGAGCUACAACCCAUUUGGGCGCAUUUUGCUGCGGUUGAACUGGAAGAGGAAGGCAGGGUCCUCUACGUUCAGACGUGGUUCUCUGACCAUGAUCGUUUUCCCACUUGCGAGAGCUCCAGACCAGUGCGAUUGCUGGCUGACCCCUGGCGAUGGUUGGAGACGAUGGCAGAAGUAUGGGAUGACAGAGUGGAUCCAGACAGCCUCAUUGAUUUCUAUGUCAUUUUUCCGCGUCCUCGUUCACGUGAUUGGGACGACAAUGAUGGUGUCCAACAUGUUCUUUUAGUUCAACAUCCACAUGCUGGCCGACGUAGCACUCACAUCACACAUGUGGAUCCUGAGAACGCAGCGCGACCCAUGACCAACUUUGUCACUACGGUUCCUUUCCCGGUGCGCAAGGUGGACUUCUAUGAUGUUCUAGGCAUCAAUGAUCGCAGCAUGGUGAGUAGCCUUGUAGACUGCGCAGUAUGGCAUGGAGACUAUGAGUUGGAUCAUGUACAAGAGUAUCCUAAUCGACAUGGCCUCAGCUUCAUUGUCAUUCAGAACCACCUACGUGACAUCGUGAGAAGAGCGGCAGCGAGUAGUGCGGCAUCCAGCUCUCAUGCACCCAUGCUGAUGCAAACCCAGACAAAACAUCAGCGUCUUCACCUUUUUGACAUGCUUGAAGAUGAACUUCCUUUAGAAGUUCCUACACAAAUUACAGUGCAGCUUCGGUGGCUUGCUCCAGUUCAACCACAUCCAGAUUUUCUCAUGUUGCCAUCAACAGCGCAAAACUCUGACGUGACACAAGAGUUGGCUUCCUGGGGCCUACAAGCCCGGACGGUAUUGUGCCGUGAGAGGGACCAAGUUGUUUGCCUGUCAUGUGAGCAACCCGCUGAUGACAAAUUCGACUACGUUUUCGUGAAUUUAGAUCUGGAGGAUGAGGUUGACAUUCUUGUGCACACAGCCAGAAGCCGCAUGACUUCACAAGAGAUCAUGAGCACCCUCUACAAGUUGGGGUUUUGGCGUGCUGUUAUUGUGCACAAGGAAGAAGUCCAUGAGCACAUUUACAAGAUCCAAUUCAAAGAUCAGAAAGUGAACACGAUGUCGCCCAAGAUCAAGACACCAAGGGUUUCGGAGUGGCCGGCACCACAAGUCUGCAUUGAGAAGAUGCAACCAUACUUUCAAGCGCAGACCCCCUUUGAGAGUAUGCAGCUCUUGGACAUCGGCAUUACGCUGGAUGAUCUGCAAGAGCUUUUCCAAUCUCAUCAAGGAGUUCUGCAGCCGGACCUCGAGGGUCUUGACUUACCAGACGAGAUACAGAAGGCCAUCAGUGCAUGUGAUUCUGGGUUGCGUCUGGAAGAUCUGGAUCGUCUACUGAUCUAUGCGGACGGCUCAUCGUUAGGCUCCUCCAAACAUGUUGCACCGCUACGAGCUGAGGAGGAAGGCACAGGUGAUACCUGGGCUUACGUUGUCAUAGGUGAACGAUAUGAUCCUCCAGGGCUUUGUCUUCUUGGAUGGAACGCACAACCUGUGCUUUACGACUCGCAGCACAACAACUGCUUGGGUGCGCAAAGGAUAGGAGCCGACAUCGCAGAGAAGGAAGCGUUGACCUGGGCAUCACUUUGGCGGCUCAGUCAAAACUGGGCUAUCCCAACAUGCUUUCGGUCAGAUUCACGGGUAGCUCUUGGGCAGGCAGAAGGCACCACGGGCACCGCCUGUUUGGAUGAAAGUUUUGUCUUCCUUAGAAGUUCCUUCCAAGCGAUUGAAGCGGCGUUAGGACCUCAUGGAGUACUUUACGCCCAUGUGCCUGGUCACUCAGGUGAAGUUUGGAAUGAGUUAUGUGACUGGCUUGCGAAAAGAGAGAGGCAGCGCAGCUUCUACUGUCGCAGACCGACGCUCAACAUGGACCGGUGGCGCAAGGCGAUUGCUCACCUUUGGCUUGUUUUGCGUUCUCAUCCUGAUCUCCCUGCCUUUUGCGGUUCUGGACUACAUGCUCCUGCACCGAGUCUUCCAUCACCAGAAGGCCCUGGGUUUGCAGACGCAAAGAUAUCAGAGGAAGUUCAGCCACAUUGGACAUGUAUGAAGUUUACUCUCAGCGCUUGCACAGCCAAUGUCCAAUCACUUUCAGCUCCACCACAAGGGCACGGAGGCAAGUUGGACUUUCUGCGACAACAAUUCAUCGAGCUGGGUUUCAACUUUCUUGGCAUUCAGGAGUCCAAGACUGAUGAAUUUUGCUCUUGUGUGGACAAUGUGUAUCGCCUUAGCGCUGGACAACACAACCACCAACAAGGAGUCGAACUUUGGGUUCAUCUCCAACAGCCAUACGGCUAUAUCAACGGCAAGCCACAGUAUUUUACCAGAACUGACUUUCAGAUCGUCUUCAAAGAUGCGAGGACCUUGCUUGUUCAUGUUGACACUCCUUAUUGGAAUGGAUGGCUCCUUGUUGCGUAUGCGCCGCAAAGUGGUCUUCCACUGCGAGAACGCGAAGCAUGGUGGCAACAUCUUAUUGACGUUGUGCACAAACGCAAGCAUCAUGAGCCGCUGAUUGUCAUGAUGGAUGCUAAUGCGGCUCCAGGCGACUAUGAUGGAGAGACAGUCUUUGUGCACGGCUUGCCCUCGUCAUCAAGUACAUCUUUCCUGCGACGAUUUGCGACAGAACAUGACCUUUUCAUGCCAAGUACGACACAGGCUCAUCAGGGGGAACGUGCCACAUGGACAGAUCCCAGCGGCAUUCACCGCUACUGCAUUGACUACGUGCUCCUGUCCUCACACUUUGCAGCAGCUUGUACCCUGUCUAGGGUAGUGCCGGAGUUUGAUCUCUGUAUACAAGCACAGACAGCAUGGGAAACCUGGGUACCGCAGGGUCAGCUCUCAACGACUGAUGGGCUUGGGUUUGAUCACACGCUCAUCACGUCAGAAAAAGUGAAGGAGAUCCUUGCGGCAUACACCCCAAAGCCUUGGGACACCAACAUCGAAGAUCACGUACAUGAUUUCAAUACCACUCUUCUUGGACAUUUGCGCAAGACUUGCCCUGUCCAGAAAACAAAACCCAAAAAGAAGCACAUCACGUCAGAAGCCUGGAAUCUACGUGAACAAAAGCUUCAAUUGAAGAAAAGACUUCGAGCGCUUGCUGGCAGACAAAGAGAGGAGAGCUUGGGGGUGAUUUUCAGGCUCUGGAAAGGAGAUCUACAAGCACAACAUGGAGUUGAUCGGUUUCAGCAGUAUCAUGAUUUCCUCUGGAUCUCCAACCUGCGUCUUGUUGCAGAGUACCGCAGAGUUGCCCUUACACUACGCAAUCAACUAUGUCGUGCCAGGCAGAAGGUCAUCCAGGCGACCUUUGAGAAUAUGGAUGCAAAUGCGUCUACCAGCCAGAUCUUGCAUGCCCUCAGACCCAUUUUAGGUCCUUCAAAUCUACGGAAGCUGAAGGUGACCACUCUACCGCAUGUGAGAAAUGCACAGGGAGAGCCAUGCAGUCUUCCAAAUGAGGCGGUAGAGGUUUGGCUGGAAUUUUUCAGGCAAAUGGAAGGCGGAGUCCGGAUGGACCACCAGGAGCAAAGAAGCUUAUGGAUCCAGAACCUGAGCACUCUGCGCCAGAGUUCCUUCAAGAUUGAUGCAGCUGAACUGCCACGUCUCCUCGAUCUGGAAGCGGCCUUUCGUAGGAUCAACCCUACAAAGGCAACUGGUCCCGACAAACUACAUCCUGCGUUUUGUCGAGGGCAUCCACCGAUGAUGGCGCGACAGACAUAUGGACAACUUCUCAAGCUCACCGUACACGGGCAAGAGGAUCUGGCCCACAAGGCCGACGAUGAGCUGAUCCUACAUGUUGGACGCCGCAUGGGUUUGUCCGAAGACCUGAUGAAAGACCUAUAUGCCCACCUUGCGGAGCCGGCGGCCAUUGAGGCAGCUGGGCUACCACAUCACAUGCAGAACACCAUCAAAGCCCUGCAUGUCGAUACUUUCUUCAAAGUCAGAGGGCGAGGUGACGUGUGCCGUACGGCACUAGGGUCACGCCCGGGUGACUGCUUUGCCGACGUCAUCUUUUCGUAUCUGUGGAGCCGCAUCCUUCACAACUUCCAAGCUGCACUGGAGGCCCAACACUUUGAGGCACAAAUUCCAGUUGAACCUGGCCUACGUCUUGGAGGAGAUCUCACAGCGGCAGAGGUUCCACAGAGGGCAUUUUUGGGUCCGACGUGGAUGGACGACACGUGUAUUUGCCUAUCUGAUCCAGAUGGCAUCGUCCUGGAGCACAAGAUUCACCAAGCAGCGGGCAGCCUUUUGGCACUAUGCGAAUCACACGGCCUCACUCCAAACCUGGGUCCGGGGAAAACGGAAGCCCUUUUGAUCUUUCAAGGUCGUGGGUCGCGUCAGCAGAAGAUCAAGUACUUUGGGCCCCAUUCGGACAGGAAGCUCAAGAUUGUGAGCGAGAUGGGCAUCAAACAAGUACGAGUGGUACAGCACUAUACACAUUUAGGCUGUAUCUUGCACCACAAGACGGAUAGUCGACGAGAAGCCCGACGUAGAGUAGGAAUUGCACAGCAGACGUUUUCGCAGCAGCGCAGACAUCUCCUCCAAAACCCUGCUCUUUCGAUCUCUCGCAGAGUCGAACUCUUCAAGACGCUAGUGUGGAGCAGAUUUUGCUAUGGUACUGAGUCAUGGACUCUUGCAGAGCAAGGAACCAAGACUUACGUUGACAAUGCGCUCUUGAGGCUGUUUCGCAGACUUCUCCGUGUCAAGCAUGACGCACAUCUUUCUGACGACGACAUCUUGGUUGCGACGGGGCUGAACAGCCCGACGGAAUUGCUUCGAUUGUCUCGCCUCAGAUACUUGGGCACACUUUAUCGUUGUGGAGAACGAGUACCCUGGGGCUUGAUCAACAGCGAUGUUCAGUGGACUACGCUGCUGGCUGAUGACCUCAACUGGCUCUGGCAACAACUGAGAGGGGCUUCUACGCUGCCAGACCCUGCGAUCUCCCUCCACGCGUGGACUGACCUUUGGAUCCACCAUCAUUCGUAUUGGAAGAGACUGAUACGACGUGGAGGAGAACACGCAAUUCUACAGCGCCGUCGUCGACAUAGAGUUGAAAGUUUUCACCAAAGGUUUGCGGCCGUUUUUCAACAGAUCCAACCAGAGUUCUUUGGUAAAGAGCAACAUCAACCCAGAGGGCAUAGCACUGAGGAUAUGGAAAUCCAUGCAUGCAUGAAGUGCCGCUGCACUUUCAAGAGCAAGGGAGGGCUUGGUGCUCAUCUUUUCAAAGUACAUGGAAUUCCGUCGCGCUUGAGGAUGUUAUUUGAGACAACUUGCUGCGGGUACUGCAUGAAGGAGUACCACACGUUCAGCAAAUUGCAUGCUCACCUCAGGCAUUCUACGUUGUGCAGAGAGAAGUUAUGGGGCCGACGUUCUCGGUUUGCUCCUACAGGGGGCUCAGGUUCGACAUCAGAUCGAUCCCUUUGUCAAGCACAUGAUGGUAUUCUUCCUCCUCUUCAAGCUGAAGGACCACGACCAGAAGAUCAACCGGCAGUGCCAUUGCCUGUUCAUGACCUUCAAAUGGCGGAGACAAUUUACCUGAAGAUUUUGGAGGCGGAAGGAGAUGCUGACGUGGAGAACCUGGUGCGCAGUGCCACUGAUGAUCGGAUCACGACGUGGACGACAUGGCGAGCUACGCUGGCCUACAUGCUGGACAUCCUGACCGAGGAGGACAUCCUGGCCUUGGACAUUGGGGAGUAUGACAUCAAGCGGCUACUUCAUGCUCUUCAACAUGCGCACGCGUGGCCUUUCCUCCAGGAGGAGACGGGCCGGACAGAGGAGAGCACCCGCCCCUCUUUGGAAGAGAUUGAAUACGACUGCGCGGCAGCUGCAGCUACAGCCGGCGAUCGUGAACCUUUUUGGCGUGUUCCUCGCCCGAUGGCCCGCGAGCAAUUCUUCAUCCAUGCAUUUUCGGGUCGUCGCAGGGUGGGCGACCUACAGCACUUCAUCGAGGAGGCGCAGGCGGCGUACCCUGACAUGGUCAUCUUCACCAUUUCUGUGGAUUUGAUGGUGGACCCCCAUUGGGGGGAUGUUUCGAAACCAGAGGUGCGGGCCUUUUGGAUGAAUGCGGUGAGGCAGAGGCAGGUUGUGGGGGCCAUGGCAGGCCCCCCCUGUGAGACUUGGUCACAGGCCAGAGGCCAAGCUCUUCCUGAGGGUUUCUGCAAAAACCGUGGGCCACGCGCCGUCCGCGACCUGGACCAUCUAUGGGGGCACAUCGCUCUAGCUUUGAAGGAGGUUCGACAACUGGAUGUUGGGAAUUUGCUGCUGCUUUUCACUUUAGAGCUCCUCAUCACGCUGGCCAUGACGGGCGGCAUUGGAGGACUCGAACAUCCAGCACCGCCGACCGACUUAGCCAAGGCCAGCAUAUGGCGAUUGCCUCUGAUGAGGUACUUGCUGGAAUGGCCGGAAUUCGAGUAUAUUGAGAUUUCGCAGGGGCUUUGGGGCGCACAGAGCCGCAAGCCGACGGGGCUCCUGCUUUUGAAUCUCCACCAGAUGAUCCCCGCUCUACGCAGCUGGCAACUGACGGGCGAUAUGCCAAAGGGCAUUAGUAUAGGUCUCACAGCUGAGGGGGAUUGGGCCACAGGGGCACUGAAGGAGUACCCUCCAGCCCUAUGCGCUGGUCUUGCCAACGGAUUUGUUUCGGCGCUCCAUGAACAUGAAGUGGACGCCUCACUGUUGAUCGAUGGUGAUUUCCGAAGGCAAGCUCUAGACAUGGUUGUCACGGAAGAAGGAGCAUGUAUAGGCCCGGACUUUGCCCAAUAG